CGUUUCGAAAUUCAAGAGCUUUAUUUCACUGAAAUUAAUAAUUUGUUAGUAAAAUAAAGAUAAAUAAAGACAAAUUUGAUGCUGAAUUAGCAUUAGUAGUGAAAAAGUAAAGUUUUGAAAAAGUUAGCAAAGACUAGACAUUUUUGCCAACUGCUUUACUAUUCUGAAACAGUACUAUAUUUAUGUUUUUUGUUUUCCAGGUCCUCCUCCUCGCCGCACUAUCGGCGGUCGCCCUCGCCCAGCACUAUGGAGCUCCAUCUCCCUCUUACGGACACGAGGAGAAUUACCCGCCCAGACCGUACGACUUCGGGUAUGAGACGAACGACGAUUACGGAACGACCACCUUCCGUAGAGAGAGCGGAGACGGACACGGACGAGUACAGGGAAGCUACGGAUACAAGGAUUUGCACGGCAUCGAACGUGUGGUAGAGUACGUGGCUGACGAGCACGGUUACCGAGCCGAGAUCAAGACCAACGAACCCGGAACCGAGAGUCAGAACCCGGCCGACGUUGUAUUGCACGCCAACCCCAUUGUCGUGGAUGAGCCCCGGUACGCAGCCGCUCACGCACCUCACUACCGCGCCCCUGCACCCCACUACGCCGCCCCUGCACCACACUACGGCGCUCCUGCACCACACUACGCCGCCCCUGCACCCAGACACCACGCACCCAGAUACUACUAG